AUGAAUAAAGCAAUUGAACUUGGCUGUGACCUUGUUUCAUUCGGAAGACCAACAAUUGCUGAUCCAUUCAUGGUCCAGCAUUUGAUGGAAAGCAAAUCGAUCAAAUGCAUUUCAUAUAACAAAUGUUUCAUGAAUCAUCAUAUCCAACCAGUUAAAUGCUAUGCUUUUUAA